GAUAGAUGCGACGUACAAAAAGUAUGUUCGUAUAUGAAAAUGGGGUGCGAAUACCGUUGAUACGUCAUUGUAAUUCGUGGCAUUACGGUUACUCAAAGCAGGGAGAGGGGGAAAGGGGAGUUCAGAGGGACGGUGCGCAUCAUUGCAGCGUUGCAGUUGUCCGCCAUUGCUAGGGAGUUAACUUCGGUACUAGGCCAGACGAGGGUCUCGGUGUUCGUCGCGUGCCCCCUCCCUCUUUCAUCGUGGAAAAAACUAUUUAGUGAUUUCGUGUUACGAUUUUGGGUAUUUUGAGAUCCGGCGAUUUCGAAUCGGCCCCACGUUCCGAAGUAAUGGAGAAGAAGAGGCAUUCGACGAUGGUUACGAGCAACGAUGCGGUAUUGAAUUUUCUAACACCAACGGGUCAGCGUCUUACCCCGACGGGGAAAAUCAGCCAUGCUAAGACGCGUGUCUACACACAGCGAUAUCGCAAAGAAUGGGAACAGAUGUCCGAUUUUAAAGGAUGGUUGACGCAUGUGCCAUUUCAACCUACACGUGCUUAUUGCCUGUAUUGCAAGAAAAACCUUCACGCCCAUAGACUUUCUUUAUUGAAACAUACGUGCACGAUGAAGCACCAACGUGCAGCAUUGUUACACGAGGCAGAGGAAAAGAAAAAGGCAGCUGCUUUGAAGGUGGAUCCGGAAGAGGAAGUUGAAAUAGAAGAGGUUGAUGAAAUUGAGGCUAUAGAGCAUGUUCAGGCAGAAGCAGAAGAAAACGAAGAUGAAGUAGAAUACGUCGUCGAGAGAUUGGAAACGGACGACGAAUUGGACGAAUCGCAAAACAAAGAUCCGCCCGAAGACGAGGAGUGUGAAAUCGAAGAGGAAGAAGAGGAGGAAGAGGAGGAGGAUGAAGAAGACGACGAUGGGAAAAGUUUACAUCUGACUUUGGACGACGAAGACGUUCAACAUAGUAUAAAAAAAAUAAAAAUAGAAAGGGUGGAAAGUUGCGGGGAUACUUUGGCCGAAGCGAUGGAUCACAUGCAAAGCGAAUAUUUAGAGGAUGUGGACAAUCAAGGGGCUGUGCAGAUGGAAAUGGUGGUAGAGUCGGAAAAUCAGUGUAACGCAGAGAUGCAAGUGAUGUCUCUUCUUCCCGAAUCGGAAGAAUGUAACAAACAAUCGCAAAAGGAGUCGCGCGAGAAUGGAAGAGCGAUUCGGCGUGGUGAAAAUAAAUUGGACCGAAAGUCUUCGAAAUUAUUGCAAAACGUAAAACAAGGAGAUGCGGAACUAGUGAUGGCAUGUCCAUUGCCUAUUUUAAGCACGGCUUAUCAAAUAAACUCGUCGGUUGCACCUACUUCUAAUACAAUCGGUGUGCUUCAACCCGUAAACACGAUUCCUAUCGCACCUGCACAAAAUAAAACAAUUACUUUAACGUCGGGUGGCAAAACUUUGACUUUAACAGGUGGUACAUUUCAACCUGGUGCCCAAUAUGUUCUGAGCAAAUUAAAGGGUAAAUUUCCUACGUUGGUAAUGACUGAUAGGAAACCUGCAACUGUAGCUAUCCAACAGGAGGAUACUGCAAAAGACGUUCAGUUAAACAAGGACCAACAUGCCGUUGCUGGUACCAGUUAUCAAAGUCCAAAGAAGCAUGUGCUUUUAAAGUCUGUUAAAUCUCCCUCGAGUAAAAAGCCCCGUAUUUCUACUCACGUUGUGGAUACAAGUAAAGGUCUACCGGUUGGAGGGUUGCAAGUUAGCCUUUAUAAAUUAAUGGAUGGUCGGUGGACGUUUUUAAACGAAAGGUAUACUUUCACUAAGCAGAGCAACACGAGUCCAAACGGCCGAUGCGUAGACCUGGUGGAUAACAUGAAAGUUAAUUUUACGACCGGACGUUACAAGAUACACUUCGACGUUGACAAAUAUUUUACUCUGAGAAGAAUAGAAACAAUGUAUCCGUUCAUCGAGAUCGUUUUCGACGUGAAGAAUCCAGCUGGUCAUUAUCACAUACCAGUGCUAUUGAGUCCUUUCGGCUAUACGACCUAUCGCGGCUCCGAAAGAUGAACGCUAACGACGUCAUGAUAUUUGACAGACAUUUUAGGAAGUGGAAGUUGUAUCGAUUUCUUUGUAAAAAUAUUUAGACAUAUAAGAAUAAACAUUUUUUAUAA